AUGUCGAAGGUUUCCAAGGUUAACCAUGCGGCGGGCAUCUUCGCUGACAUCUCCGUCGAUGGCCCCAUUAUCGGUACCUUGGUCGCUAUCAUCGAUCGAGCCAAGAAUCUACCCAACCGGAAGACUAUGGGCAAACAGAAUCCCUAUGCUGCAGCAAGAUUGGGCAAAGAAGCAAAGAAGACACAAACAGACUUGCGAGGAGGGCAAACGCCGCGAUGGGACUCGGAACUUCGAUUUACCGUACAUGAAUCCCCCGAUUACUUCAAGCUAAAGGUCUCUGUGUUUAAUGACGAUAAGAAGACCGACUUGAUCGGCGAGACCUGGAUCGAUUUACAAAGCUUGAUCAUCCCAGGCGGUAGCCAGAAUGAUCACUGGCACCCACUUCAAUACCGUGGGAAAUAUGCAGGAGAGAUCCGAAUGGAAAUGACUUACUACGAUACCAGAGAACAAGACGAGGUUCUGAUUGGACGCCGACAAGAAGCCGCUGACCGGGUCCAAGGCAAAGUCCCUAGUACUCCGAGCAACACAGGUUUAUCUGGUCCUCGACAAUUGAAAGAUGUCAAACGACGACCCUUGCCCAGCGGCCCUGCAGGGGCUCCACCAAGACCAGCCCCUCUGGAACAAGCUCACUCUGCGCCUCCACUUCACCACCCGGCCCCGUCGAGACCCGCCCUUCCUGAACAUUCAAACACCCUAUCUGGUGCUCCAGACACCACCUCCUAUGCCCCAAGACAUUCAGAGCCUGUAUACGAUGCAUCAGCCUAUCGCGCACCUUCUCCUGUCCCACCUCCAUCUCGGGGCGGGUAUGAUGGUGCCGAUAACUACACUCAAGAAUGGGACACUGCAGUUGUUGCUCCUCUCCGCCGACAAACUACCCAUGAAUUGCCUUAUGCCUCCAAUGAAGUUAUUGAUACGCCAUAUGACUCGCGUCUACUGCAACAGCAGCAUGAACAAGAACUGCAGCGGCAACAAGAACUACAACAGCAACAAGAACUCCAACGGCAACAGGAACUCCAGCGGCAACAAGAACUCCAGCGGCAACAAGAACUCCAACGGCAACAGGAACUCCAACGGCAACAGGAACUCCAGCGGCAACAAGAACUGCAGCGGCAACAAGAACUCCAGCGGCAACAAGAACUGCAGCGGCAACAGGAACUCCAACAGCAACAACUUUUGCAACAACAACAACAACUGGAGCAGCAACAACUGGAGCAACAGAAACUGGAGCAACUACAACUACAACAGCAGCAGCAACAACUGCGGAAUCAUCCGGAGUAUGAUCAGCCACCUUCGAGAGACUAUCGCCUCUCCAGGCAAAACCAUUAUGAGGCAGAUCCCCAUCAGGAAGUGCCAUACAAUUCUACACGUCAAAGUCUGUAUCAAAUAGAGCAACCUAGAUACGAUCCAGAUUCCAUGUCAUAUGGGGCAACGCAUACACACGAGGUGCCAGCUUCAGACUUUGUGCCUUCCUCUUUAGGGCCAGUGGAUGACCCGAGGAUGAAGAUGACGAUGGACCACCCCCUCCUCCACCGGCACACCGCUCACAAAGGCCGCACUCUCAGCUGCCCACACCGAAAACGUCGCCCCGCCCCCUACGCACCCUACAUACCCCAAUCUACUGCUCGAUCCUCAGUCUCCCACCUGCCAUCGAGCAUGUCUACUCCGUCCCACCGCGAUCGCUAUCAGGAGCCCUCUUCAAUGGGAAACUCCCCAGCAAUGCCCGCAAGUCUUGUCGCAGGAUAUGAAGCGGAAGACCCAGCUGAGAAAGCAGCACUCGAAAGAUCAGUCAACAGACGCAGUACCCACUGGGACGAUGAGAUGAUGAUUUCCCAGCCACCUGCACCAAUUCCUGUAUCCGCACCUGCUCACUACGAUGCUCCUGUCUAUCCCCUGCGAACAUCGCCCCGGCCUAUUGAACAAAGACCUACUUCUAGCAGAGGUGGAUCUGUUAGCCCUAAUAUGCGGGCUGUGACCCGGAAGUCAGUCAGUCCGCGACCUUCUUCUUCAGACGUCCGCAGUGGCCCCUCAAUCCCUUUCUCUCCGGACUCUUACAUCUCCCUAAAUCCAAAUGCCUCUCACACUCCCAGCCGAGAUCCUUCUCCGGCAUACGACUCGCCUUCGCAAGCUAGAGAUGCCGUGAUACGCGGAAAGACCGAGCCUCAUCGAGACGUAGAUCACCCAAUCAUCGGGGAUGAUGGUCGUGAGAUUGACCCCUCUGACCAUCUUCCCACCGAGACAUGGGCGCCUGAGCCAGAGAGGAAGAACCGCAAGCCAGAAGUUAUCAUCCGCUUCAAACACUCGCCUCGGCCAACUUCUAGAGGAAAUGACGCACCCUCAUCACGCAGCACAGGCCCGCCACGCGUUGGAUUCAGAACAGAGACGACGUCCUACCCCUCCGAUCGCCCAGUUCAAUACACACCUACCCAUGUGCACGUCAGUCCAGGGGCAAUGGUUCGAACACCACCUCGCCCGGACUACGCGCGUGAGCGCUCUGAUAGCUAUACGCGAAGUCGGGCCUAUAACGCCCCCACUUCGACUGAGCGGCCGCGCUCUUCCCGAGGCUCUGUCUCGCCCUCUCCGGGGUCUCGUACACCACUGUAUGACUACAACCCAGGUCCCCCGAUUCCAAACAAGGUGCCAAUCACCGGAGGAAGUCCAAGCUACCCCGUCAUGUCUGGCAAUGCAAAUGGAAAUGGCCGCAUGGAUGCUCUGAGUCGAGAGCUAAGUACGAUUGACAUUGGCUCUACGGCGUGCAGCCCUGGCCGGGGAGCCGUUCGAAAGUACGUACCAAGGCAACCAGCGUCGAUAGGCUAUGCCAGGUAA